AUGCACACUGAAAAGAAUUGGGGCGAGGCUCUUUUUGGAACUGUCAUGGACAUUCCUGAUAAGACGAAGGACAACGUCAAGGCUCGAGUGGAUCUGUCUAGUGAGCACAAACGGAAGCCCAAUGGUAUCUUGGGUCUUUUGUGCCGGCUGCACUUCCCCGGGCUCGUGAUGCAUGCCGGGGUGCUGGAGCCGGCAUAUACGUGGGACCACUACAUGGCCAGCCCGGAUGCUACUGAUCGCGAAGGAAGGAACUUCACCACCAAAGCGAGGCGGGUGGUCGGGGAGUUGUGGGAUUUCUACAGGUGCGAGGAAGGCUAUGAGGCCCGAGCGAACGAGCUGGCUCACCAGGCUUGCUACAAGCUGGUGAAGGACAUGCACUACGAGGCGCGUGUCCAGGCCGUCGUUGUGUACUGCGCCGAGUUCGAGAAGAGGAGUGUCAAGAAACCAGCCGCAAGGGACAUCUUACUCGCGCGAGACCAGUACUUAAGGCACGCCUUAUGCCGGGAGCGCCGCUUGAUGAUGCCGGGUCCGGCACAUCAUCAAGGGAGGCUUAGCCUCGGCGAGUACAAGAAUACUUGGUCGGAGUCUCAUCCAGGCCAGUCUUGCAACGACUUCACGGCGUACGCCAUGUCUCACAUGGGCAGGGCGACGUCGGACGUGGCCUACAACCCGGCGGCUCUACCAAAGGCCUACACAAACCCAAGCAUCCACGCGCGCAUCACUGCGUACACGGAGGUGGGAAGGGUGCUCCACGGGGAGACUUGGGAUCCGACCACCGCGCCACUCUCCGGAGAAGCCAUCAUGAGGGCGGGACAGGGGAAGAAGCACGGGCGGUACUUGAUCGCCAACAGCUUGGUCGACACGGCGAGUACGCCCAGUCUCUCGCAGCUUAGGGCAAGUACCACCGACUCGACCCCGCCCAUACGCCCACAGCCUGAGACUUCAGUGGCCAGCGUGCACCAAAGACAGGCCGAGAUGGAGGCAAAGUUUGAGGAGGUGCCGAAUGAAGAUCGAGGCCAAGCUGGAGCAGGAGCGGAAGCUGAGGGAGGAGCAAAUCAGUCGUGGAAUGUAUCGAACGACCCUCCUCCGGACCAGAACUCGCCGGCGGCCCCGUGGCAAUCUUGGCCAACCCCCUCCACCUGA